AUGACGACCAACGCGCCUGCCGGUCCGGCGACCAUCCCUCACCGUCAAUUACCCUCAUCUGCCACGCUCAUCCCGAUCGAUCUGAAGCAGGAAACAGAGCGCCAAAUCCUCUACGACCAACGCAUCAUUUGCGGAUGGAACCACGACAAAAUCCCAAAAUGGGCCGCUGCCAUCGAAGCAGGUACUAGGAGCUUCUUCUGGAUCUGCCUUGCGCCCGACGCCUCACGAAACAUUGCCACCUUUACGCGCGACGACAAGUCUUAUAUGCCUGUCGGCCAUGUGUCGCUGGACAAGGUGGACAUCAAUGAGCCAGACGCUGUGCCGGACACGACACUCGCCGACCCUGAGAAGGGCGUGCUCACUAUAACGAGCCUGUUCGUGCUGCCUGAGUUCCAUCGAUCGGGGCUGGGCGCUUUUGCCAUGGAUGAAUGCGAGCGUCUCGCUCGUGUACCGCCUUUCGGCUCUGAAUCUAUCGUCGCCGUCACUGUCAACACGUUACACCCGAAAUACUGUGUCGGUGGUGAAGAGGGACCUGAUGGCAUCGGCCAGUUUGAAAGAGAAAACUCAGGCAGGCCAGUACCCCAGAACAAUAUGAUCUGGUACGAGAAGAAGGGUUACAAAAAGUACAAGGAGGGCCCUCGAUACACCAGCAUGACCAAGGAAGGGGAGCUGCUGUGGUGGCAGGCAUGCUUCUUGAGAAAAGAAAUACAAUAG